AUGCCUCUGGUUAGAUCACUGUCUGUGACCUCUCUUAAUGGGCUUCCUCAGUGGGAGGAUGAAGACCUGCCAGUGGAGGAUUUAUUGCUCUUUGAAGUCGCUUGGGAAGUUACCAAUAAAGUUGGUGGCAUCUACACUGUGAUCCAGACAAAAGCCAAAAUUACAACUGACGAAUGGGGUGAAAAUUAUUUUCUGAUCGGUCCCUACUUUGAGCACAACGUGAAGACUCAGGUAGAGGUGUGCGAGCCUCCGAACCCAGCAAUUAAAAAGGCAGUGGACACAUUGAAAGGCCAGGGGUGUCAGGUAUUUUUUGGAAGAUGGCUGAUAGAAGGCAGCCCAUACGUUAUGCUCUUUGACAUAGGAUCAGCAGCCUGGAAUCUGGACAGAUGGAAAGGAGAAUUCUGGGAUGCAUGCAACAUAGGAAUCCCUUUUAAUGACAGAGAGGCCAACGAUGCACUGAUCUUUGGAUCAUUGACUGCCUGGUUCUUUAAAGAGCUCACCAGCCAGUUUGAUGACAAGCCCAACUUGAUUGCUCACUUUCAUGAAUGGCAGGCAGGUGCUGGGCUAAUCCUCUCUCGAUUUAGGAAACUUCCUGUUGCCACAGUCUUUACUACCCAUGCCACACUGCUCGGGAGGUACCUGUGUGCAGCAAGUAUAGAUUUCUACAACAAACUUGACCAGUUUGACAUAGACAAAGAAGCAGGAGAGAGAGAGAUUUACCAUCGGUACUGUAUGGAACGGGCGUCUGUACAUUGUGCCCAUGUUUUCACCACGGUUUCUCAGAUAACAGCCAUAGAAGCAGAACACAUGCUUAAGAGAAAAGCCGAUGUUGUUACUCCAAAUGGCUUGAACAUUAAGAAAUUUUCAGCAAUGCAUGAGUUUCAGAAUUUGCAUGCCAUGUACAAGGCUAGGAUCCAAGAGUUCGUUCGAGGCCAUUUCUAUGGCCAUCUUGACUUCAACCUUGCAAGGACCUUGUUUUUCUUCAUCGCUGGGAGAUACGAAUAUUCAAACAAAGGAGCUGAUUUGUUUCUAGAGGCCUUAUCCAGAUUAAACUUCCUGCUGCGGGUUCACAGAAGUGAUGUUACAGUCGUAGUGUUCUUCAUCAUGCCAGCAAAGACGAACAAUUUCAAUGUGGAAACACUGAAAGGCCAAGCAGUACGAAAGCAACUAUGGGACACCGCACAAUGUGUGAAAGAAAAAUUUGGAAAGAAACUCUACGAUGCACUACUGAAGGGAGAAAUUCCAGAUUUGAACAAGAUCCUUGACCGGGAUGACGUAACCAUUAUGAAAAGAGCCAUCUUUUCAACUCAGCGACAGUCUCUGCCUCCAGUGACCACCCACAACAUGAUCGAUGAUUCCAAUGACCCGAUCCUCAAUACCAUUCGGCGCAUCGGACUCUUCAAUAACCGCACAGACAGAGUUAAGGUGAUAUUACACCCAGAGUUCCUGUCUUCAACAAGUCCAUUAUUACCCAUGGACUAUGAAGAUUUUGUCAGAGGCUGCCAUUUGGGGGUGUUUCCCUCAUACUAUGAGCCUUGGGGUUACACUCCAGCUGAGUGCACUGUGAUGGGCAUUCCCAGUGUGACCACAAACCUCUCUGGAUUUGGCUGUUUCAUGCAGGAGCAUGUAGCUGACCCAGCUGCUUAUGGCAUUUACAUAGUUGACAGGAGGUACCGCUCUCCCGAUGAGUCAUGUAACCAGCUGACUCAGUUCUUGUAUGGAUUUUGCCAGCAGUCACGGCGUCAGAGGAUCAUCCAGAGAAAUCGAACUGAGAGGCUCUCAGACCUACUGGACUGGAGAUAUUUAGGCAGGUACUACAUGCAUGCCAGACACCUGGCUCUGAGCAGAACUUUCCCAGAUAAAUUUGAGAUGGAACCAAAUGCUCCACCAAAGACGGAAGGUUUCAGGUACCCCAGGCCUUCAUCAGUACCACCAUCGCCUUCUGUCUCUCAGCAUUCCAGCCCUCAUCAUAGCGAGGAUGAAGAUGAGGAUGAAAGAUAUGAUGAGGAUGAAGAGGCCGAAAGAGACAGACAAAACAUAAAGUCACCUUUGUCCCUUGGAGCACUGCCACAAAGAAAGAAAAAGCAGCAUGGAGAAUAUCGGAACUGA